AUGGACAACGUGGUUCUAAAAUCAGCUACGCACAUCAAUCCAGAUGGGGGCAGUCCACUCAACGCUCAACCUGUCGCGCCUGAAAAUUCGACAAUCGAUGCGCUUGUUUCUAUUCCUUUGGAGCCAGUUGAUCAAACGAAUGUCGAUGGAAAUUUCCAAGCACGUAUGGAUGUCAACUACCAGGCACACGAUGUAGCUCUCGCAGCAGCGAAAGCUAAUGGUCACGAACAAACGAAUAACUUAAAACUUGGCAAACCACAUGAAAUGCAAAUUGAUGAUGGCUUUGAACAUCCAGAUAAAGCGAAACCGUAUUCAUCAGUGAACAAGCUCUUUCUAGCUCUGGCUAUUGUUUGUUUUGCACUAUUCCUUUGUAGCCUUGCAUUUAUUUUUACCAAUCACGGCGGAUCAAAUCGUAAGCAACAACAGCUACGCGGUGCAUCUCGUGCGCCUUUCGUUUAUCAAUUCGGAGAUCCGUUCACUUGGACAGAAACACCGAUCAACGAACCUUAUUUCAAUAUUACUCAUCCAGCUUUAAGUGGUCUCGUCAUUACUGUUUCACGCCGUGGCGCAGCUAUCACUGAUAUCCUUAUCCCAUACACAGAUAGUAUUGGCCGCCGACAAAAUCGGUCAAUUGUUCUCAAAAAUAAGAAUGAAAACUAUCAUUUCGGUGCAGUACGAUUUGGUUUUGAUGAAAUCGUCAAUUCAAUGAAUAUGAUCAAUCAGCUACCAUUGAAUUAUCCAUUUUUGAACGCCUACAAGGACGACUGGAUUAUGUAUGGCAAUGUUGAUAAACCAUCACGAGUUCGUUUUGUACGAGAAUACAUUGAAGUUAUCUAUGAAUUUUCCUCAUCGAAUGAUAAUCAAUUCAUCAUGAAAACGAUUGUUUCGCCACCAAUCAAUGAACAAAUGGUUGUUGACCCAACAAAUAACAUUUAUUUCAACUUACGUGGUUACGGAGAUUUGAGCACACAUCAUCUGACACUCGGUCCUUCAAAACCUAUCAACAUCAAAACAAGUGAACAAAUGCAACAGAAUCUCAUGAUGCAAGGACAAUCUGUUACUAAGCUAACCGAUGCAACGAAUUACUUUUACCGACUCGAUGAGGCUGGACUUGGAAAAAACCUUGUCGCCACAUUAACAGACGAUGAAACGAAAACAACUAUGCAAAUCUUCUCUGAUCAUGCAGGCGUGAUCGUUGAUCCAUUCGGAGUUGGCUUAUCAAAUCGUCAAUCAACCGCUUCAGAUAUGUCUGGUAUUCGCAUCAGUCCAAAACAAUCGCCUGUAUACCAAUCAAUGUCAAGUUACGGUCCAACAUUAGUCGUUUAUCCAUCUCAAGCUAUUCAUACCACAUGGUGGCAGUUUGAUUACAGGAAUGAACAUCAAUAA